CCGGGAGAAGGGGCUCUUUCCGCGCCAGGGCUGCCGAGAGAGCCGCCGCCGCCGCCGCCGAGUGCUUCCACCCCCGGCAGCAGCCGGCUCCGCUCUCAGCGCUCAGAAAGUUGGGUCGGACCUGAGCCCCUAGAAGCGGAACCGCCUCCGGCUCUCGCGCCCGCCUGGAGCUGAGUCGCCCGCGGCUGUGGCUGCAGACGGACAGCGGAGUUUCCUCUCGUACUGGAUGGAGCUGAACUUUGGGCGGCCUGAGCAGCGCGGCCGCCCAGGGAUCACUGCAUGCUGAGUUCCCUCGGCGAGAACCGUCUGCAGCUCAGGAUUUUUUGGGGGGGGUGGGGACCAACUGCGCUCCGGCACCAUGUUCCUGGCGACCCUGUACUUCGUGCUGCCGCUUUUGGACGUGCUCCUGUCCGCGGAGGUGAGUGGCGGGGACCGCCUGGACUGUGUGAAAGCCAGCGACCAGUGCCUGAAGGAGCAGAGCUGCAGCACCAAGUACCGCACGCUGAGGCAGUGCGUGGCAGGCAAGGAGACCAACUUCAGCCUGACGUCCGGCCUGGAGGCCAAGGACGAGUGCCGCAGCGCCAUGGAGGCCCUCAAACAGAAGUCGCUGUACAACUGCCGCUGCAAGCGGGGUAUGAAGAAGGAGAAGAACUGCCUGCGCAUCUAUUGGAGCAUGUACCAGAGCCUGCAGGGAAAUGAUCUGCUUGAAGAUUCCCCGUACGAACCAGUGAACAGCAGGCUGUCUGAUAUAUUCCGCGUGGUCCCCUUCAUACCAGAUGUUUUCCAGCAAGUGGAGCACAUCCCCAAGGGCAACAACUGCCUGGACGCCGCCAAGGCCUGCAACCUCGACGACACCUGCAAGAAGUACAGGUCCGCCUACAUCACCCCGUGCACCACCAGCGUGUCCAACGAAGUCUGCAACCGGCGCAAGUGCCACAAGGCCCUGAGGCAGUUCUUCGACAAGGUCCCGGCCAAGCACAGCUACGGGAUGCUCUUCUGCUCCUGCAGGGACGUGGCCUGCACCGAGCGGCGGCGGCAGACCAUCGUGCCCGUGUGCUCCUACGAGGAGAGGGAGAAGCCCAACUGCUUGAACUUGCAGGACUCCUGCAAGACAAACUACAUCUGCAGAUCUCGCCUUGCUGACUUUUUUACCAACUGCCAGCCGGAGUCCAGGGCCGUGAGCAGCUGCCUGAAGGAAAACUACGCGGACUGCCUCCUUGCCUACUCGGGCCUUAUUGGCACCGUCAUGACCCCCAACUAUGUGGACUCCAGCAGCCUCAGCGUGGCGCCCUGGUGCGACUGCAGCAACAGCGGGAACGACCUGGAGGAGUGCUCCAGGUUCCUGAACUUCUUCAAGGACAACACGUGUCUCAAAAACGCAAUUCAAGCUUUUGGCAAUGGUUCCGACGUCACUGUGUGGCAGCCAGCCCUCCCCGCUCAGACCACCACUGCCACCACCACCACAGCCUUCCGGGUCAAGAACCAACCCCUGGGGCCGGCAGGAUCCGAGAAUGAAAUCCCCACUCACGUUUUACCACCUUGUGCAAACCUACAGGCCCAGAAGCUGAAAUCCAACGCGUCGGGCAGCACACACCUCUGUCUUUCUGAUCGUGAUUAUGAAAAGGAUGGGCUCGCCGGUGCCUCCAGCCACAUAACCACAAAAUCAAUGGCUGCUCCUCCAAGCUGUGGUCUGAGCCCACGGCUGCUGCUGGUGGUAACCGCCCUGCCCACCCUCUUAUCUUUGUCUUUGGCGGAAACAUUGUAGCUGCAUUCCAAAAACAGUGUGGACCUGUAAAAAGACAAAAAACCAAGUUAUCUGUUUCCUGCCCUCUUGUAUAUCUGAAAUUCCAGUUUUAGGCGCUCAGUUGAGGCGUUGCUCCCAACAGUUUCACCCUACCGAAACUUUUUUCCUUUCCUUUUUUUCCCCCUUUUUUAAAGAAAGCUUCUUGUGAUCCUUAGGGCUUCUAUGGGAAACCCAAUGCAGUGCUACAUUCCAAACCCACAAGGCGUUGGGGUAUGUUGUAUUGUGAAGGGACAGUGUGUUAAUUUGGCUGUAAAGCCAGCCGGGGCCAUGUUUUUGAUGAUGAUGAUGAUGAUGGUGAUGAUGAUGAUAACGAUCUGAACAAUUUAACCCUGGCCUUUACUAGCUAGCAAAAGAGUUAGUAUCGCCCAAGAAUCGUCCACAUUUCAUGCUGGCUUUGAUUUCUGACGACAUGUAACGGCAGCCUAACAAGCGUUUCAGUUGCAAAUCAAAGGUUCUCAUCAAGAGAAUCCCGGCAGAUGCUGUGCAAACAAGCCUGUACCGAUGUUCACCUUUCUGUCUGUUCGAGCCUUUUCUGCGCUAACGUUUAUGUUCUGUAAACAGCUCCGCACUCUCCUCUCCUACCGAACAGCAAGCGCCUGUCACAUCCAAACGUAGUGUCUGUCUUCUAGCGAGAACAGCGAGUGAGCGUGGGAGUGGGACUCCAGAGCUUCGGUCAUUGAGAGACACUCUCCUGAGCCUUACCCACACGAGAAGCCCUUAAACUAACGAAGAGUCCAAUACAGCUGAAGCGUCGUUGCUCUAAUAAUAUACUCUUUACACAUAUGAGGUUCUAUGUAGAAAAAAAAAUUUACUACUAAAUGAUUUCAUCUAUUGGCUUUCUGUAUUUUGAAGGUAAUGAUGAUACUGUCUCCCUUUUUUUACUGAUGGUUUAAUACAAAAUAUGUGGAGCUUGUUUUCCUCUCACAAGUGGCGUUAGCUCCAAUACUAACUUCCUGAUGCCAGCCCCUUCAGAAGCUGACCCUAAGGAGCCUUGUGCUUGAGCAGAAAGCUCUGUGCCACGUUACUGUGGGCAGGCAGGAGGAAAUGGAGCGGCCAACCGCUGGCUUUUAUCAUUUCUUGGAUUUGCAAGCGUGCCUACCUGUGAAGAAACUGGUGGCCACUCGUAAAUGUUUUGCAGUGUCUGAUGGUACUGUGGCCACCCGCGCAAUCUAGUAUCUUGGCGUUCACGUUGCCUGACACAGGCAGCUUUGAGUGGGACAGGGCAUGGGAACGCGCUGCCCUCUCUUCUGAAGCAGAUCCAUGCCAGGGUACAGAGUUCUCCUCCUAAGGAGUGUCUUGACUCCCCACUGUGAUGGCUUGGCUGCUGUUGAGAGCAGUUUGCUCUGGAGGUCAUCUGGAGUCGGCUUGCAUCUUGUUCUACAUCCGCCAUGGCAGAGACCAUGGCUGACUGUGCAAAAAAGAGAGAUUUAUGGAUCAAGGUCAGUGUUAAGCCUGCGGAGAUGAGCUGGUUGGCACAGAUACCCAGAACAGAACAGGACUAGGAAUAUGCGGCAUCUGGCUUGUGCACUGCAUAUCAUCCAUUGUUCUCUCCCCUACGCAGAGCGUAACACGCACUUCGGAAGUCCGGCGGAAAUGAAGAGAUUCGGGACCUACAACAGUUGGGUUCUGGUAGCCAUGUUUCUCCAGAACCAAGUAGAGGAGGUUCCACCUUUGCUGGGGAGAAUUGCCUUUCUUGUCACAUCAGUAGAGGGGGUGGAGGGGGAAGCCACGGUGCCCACAUCAUACUGAUCCCCUUUGCCCACUGACGUUUGCCUUGUAAGAAUUAAUCAAGUUGCUGGCAUGGAAAAUUGAUUAAAUCCAAGAUGAAGGCGUAGUCUUGGAGCUUGAUUGGUGUUUGAAGUGCAUUUAUAUCCAAAUGUUAAUAAACACAAAUGGAUAAUACUAAGGGCCAACUUUUUUUCACUUGCAAAAUGUUUUCAAGGAAAAUUCAUCAAACAAAUGUGAUUAGUGAAAGGUUUCCUAAAGACUUCCUUUGAAUGAACCCAGGAGAUGUGUUGGAAUAUUUUAAAAUUCCAGUCACCUAUGACAGUAUCUCCCUUACAAGGCAUAUUUUGUUUUAAUUAAGAUAUCCCUGUGUAUCUACACUGGGCUAAUUGCCUAUGGGUCUGAUUCUAUGUGAUCUACUGUGGAAAGCUAUUGAUUACUUCUGCAGUAAACAGCAGCCCUAAUUAGCUUCAGAUGACCAAGAGGAAAUGGGCGUUAUCAGUGCUAACAAGGGUAUCCCUUCAGUGAGGAAUGCAUGAACGUACAACACACAAAUUACAUUUCGAAAAGCCUCAUCUAUCACCAACAAAGAUCUCAUUUUUCUUCAGCGAUAGAAGCAUAUUCGAGUUACCAAAUCCUCAGUCUGAAAAGAAAUUGCUGAUUAAAUAACUGGGGGCGGGAAAGGGUGUUCAGUGACAAGACAUUAGAGCCAUCCUUCCAAAAUCAUGCCAAGCAAGUCUUUCUGCCACUCGGGGUGAUCUCAGUUUAACUCAGUGGCCCCGAGACGCCAUCCUUUGCCCCAGGAUUGGAGCAGGCAAGUGACUCAGCUCUUUUCCCUGUCCGACUUUCUUUUGCAGUGCUAAACACAAAAAUUAUUCACUACCUCUUGUCUUUCAGUCCCUGCAUCCAGGGAACCACCCAAUACAAGGGCUGUCUGCUGAGGCUCAGGCCUCACGCAGGAAGCAUCGCAUGGUGGUUGACCUUGACGCAACAAAAACAGUGAUUUCGGUUCACAUAGACCGUGACUCCCAGAUCGAGUCCAGCCAUGCCCGACUUAUUUCAUGGAAAAAGAAAGGCAAAUUUGCCAAACUGAUUAGAAGCACAUUCAUUCCCCUUGGAUGUUGAAUAUCUUGGGCCAGUCUGUGUUCGUGUAUCUGUUUAGUAGAGCACAUGAAGGAGGAAAGGCACACUAGAAAGAAGGAAUUCAGAAUGCCGCCCGAAUCUUUAUUUUUCCAUGCCUGAAUUUCUCAAGCCCCUAGUAGAACACAUGUAGGUUGAGAAUUACACAGGUUGGUUUGCAUCAAGUAGAGCAAACCGUAUCCAACGUGUGGUAGUUGUGUGGUUUCCAUUAAAAUGAAGUUUUUAGAGAAUGGUUUAUCCCGUAGUUUAAAAUGUCUUAGAAGCCAUGUGUUUUGAGUUGACCAGACACAGGUCAGGGCUCGUCCAGGGUGGUGGUGGCCUUUGGCUUGAUCUGUAUUCAGACCGUUCUUGUCCUGCAUCCACUCUGAAGGUGGGUCCCCUCCAGCUGCACCCUGCUUCCCACCUGCCUCUUUGUGCGCUGAGUCAGACACGCCCUAACACCCCAUCUGCCGAGCUAGGAAAGUGGGGGAGCAGACGCAUUUCAAAGACAGUGGGGAGUGCCUGGGAACAGAGAUAUGAAAGCAGUGGGAGUUACAAUAAUUAGGAAAUGCUUUUCUUAGGAUCCAGCAUAAAUGUAUUUCUGUUGGCAUUAUUUGUAAAAAGAGCGGUCUCGGAGGAGCUAUCUUUUCAGAAACAUGUUUUCACUCAUGUAGUCAGACACAUGUGACUUGAGUCAAUAAACUCCGGGCCAGAAAAGACACUGUUGAAGUGAAUUCACAUUCGCUCACUCUCCUUUGACGCCAUUCUCGAUCUCCUGAGCUCAGACCCCUGUGGAUGGUUGUGGCUGCUGCUCUUCGAUAAAGCAGACGAAGACGAGACCGUGGGAGACCCUUCUUUUCAAGAAAGACCAGAAGCAAUGGCAACAGGCGUGAGUGAAUUACGAAUGUCCCAGGCACGGUCCCAGCAGAAGGGCCAGUCUGCACGGACCUUGAGGAGUUUGGAGAGAUGAGGCCAAUCAAGGUACAGCGAGAGGCCGGCGCCUGCCCUGGGGGAAUGGAUCCUUCAGCCUGCUGACGUCCCUUACUGAUCCGAAUAGAGACCUCGUCCUAACAAAAGAGCCCGAGUUCCCUGGGCUGGACAGCAUUGUGUCUGUGGGAAGCAAGCCAGAGCUAACAUCUGGACGACAGAGAAAAGAAGUUUUGUUUAGAAGUUCCAAAAGAGUAGAACAGCUGGAAAUUUGGUGGGCUGCCCUAAGAAGCUAAAUUCUUGUUCUUCCUAAGACAGGCAUCUCAUGUAUAGAUCAGACACGCCGUGAGUUUGACACAGUUUUAUCCUCACGUGGCCUUUCUUUUUAAGUCUGUCGUCCAGAAUUCUUCAUGGGGACCAUACCUCUGAAACACAUGCUCACAGCAGAGGCCUUAAACCUGGGGGUUUCACCAUUGCCUGCGACCUGGGAUGUAUUCAGUGGGACAUUUCCAAUAUCCCAGGGACAUUUGUCUUAAGGUAUUGGCUGAUUUCCUAUUGAUUAUUGAUGCCCCACCCCUACCCCCAUAUCGUUACUUAUUGCCUAAGUAUGUACCAGAGUCCCUUCCCAUCAGUUCUUUAUCCUCAUCACUCCAAAUUGAGUCCUGCCCACAUUGAUACUCGUUUUGUCAGAUGCCUUUUUUACGUGUAACCCUGGGCUUUUCGAAGCUGGAGGAGAAUUUCUCGAGAGCCAGACCAUCUGAAGACGAGGCUAAUCCCCGAGUGGAAAGUUCAUCCUUUCCGCCCUCCCCUGAGCUCCCUGUCCGUAGCUUAGUCUCGCCUGCUGCAUCCUCCCCGGGCGUCCCUUUGCUGCCUGUGCUCUCUGAUGAGCUCCUCUUCCCUCCCGGACAGAGGCAGCGCGGGUGGAUCAGCGGACACGCCACCUGCACUUCUGAUUUUUCCGAGGCCCAGCCCAGAGGGGUGGGGGAGGCCCGAAUACCCUGCCCUGGAGCGCUGCAGCCUGCGCGCAGCCAUUGAGGUCGCAGCCCCCUAAGUCUCCGGGCUCAUUUGACCGGCGCAGCUGCGACCUCGGCUGUCUGCCUCUGGCAGGUGCCCACCAUCAGCAUCUCGUCCCGCUGCCAUGGGGAGUUUAUUUUUGCUGCGGGGCAGCUGCCAAGCCCAGAACCAGCAUCCAUCGAAGGUUUUUUUUCUCUGAUUUUCUUCUCUUCGUCCCAGGCUGGGCUUUCUUACCAGUCCCCCUUUUUAGUUUUGUGGGAAGUGCCAAGAGAUGGGCCAGAGACCGUCAGCCCCUCCCUUUACUCCGACAUCUCGCCCCGCUCACCCAGCCUGCCCUAGCAGAAGGCGUGGCCCGCAGUGGGUGCUCACCACUCAGCGGGUGGAUAACUUCCAUUGGGACAUUGAAGGGCUGGGUUCUGUAAGGCAGUAGCCAGAACUGGCCCAUUCACGUAGUCUUAUGGCACCAAGCUGUUACACGUCGACACGGAAGGGUCCUCCUUAGGCCAUUGAAGGUGAUUUGGGAGGAAGAGUGGAAGAAAGCAUUGGAUUCAAAGCAACUUUAAAUUUACCCACUGUGUCUCCUGUAGAGAGAGGGAAAACUAGCAUUUGUCCCCAGGAGAAGCUGAGCAUGACCAGCCUGUCCCAGAAAGGAUAGGACCCGAAAUGGGGAGGAAGAAUUUCAUGGGAAGUUAGCCAGUGAGUCUGCUGAUAGUUUGAUUUGCCUUAAGUUCAGGAUGCUGGCAGAAUGGACCACUCCACCAGUCCCAAACCAACCCUAGGGAUGGAAGCUGAGAAGCAAACGCAGGUGUUCCCAAUUCAGUGCAUUUCUGAACAUCUGCUCUAGUGGGGCGAGCCAUCCUUUGGAGCUGAUGGUCCCCCAAGGGUCACUUGAGAAUUCGGGGACCUCUGACAGCAACUUAAGAGAAACACCCACCUCUUCUAGAUCGGCAUAUUCUUUCGCUUUGGUAUCUUUGGAAAAUCUAACUUCUCCCUAUAAAUAGUCCACAAAGCUGUUUUUCAGGCUCAGUCUCUGAGAAGUAAGGCCCAGUACAUCUGGGUUCCUAUGCACACACCACCAGCCCGCAGCUCCACUCUUAAGGGAGAAGGCAGACACACCGGUCCUCAGCCUGAGCCUCCAGGCUGCCAUGGAGAACCCAGGGGGUUCACCCUCUGAGCUUCAGAGGGACUGUGAGCAUGGUCAGGCGGAUGUACCAGUGAGCUGUCACAGCCACCAGGUGCCAGCCAAGGUGCAGAUGAGGAGACACCGGAAGUGCUUUAGCCACGGGGGCAAAGUUAGCAGUGCUCAUUCAGAAUAGCAACACUUGGAACUGGCAGUGACCCCUGAUGCUUGCCGAGUAUGGUGUAGAUCAUAAGGCUGAAGUAGGAUGAAGAAUUGGAGCAAUGGAUAGACGGACACUCUGGGUAUGGGAAACGUGGGUAAAGUUCUGUCCUCUGUCGCUGGGGCCAGGCAGGGAGUCUGCUGCACGUACAGCUGGAGGUAUUCUGAGCUGCUCUGCACCUUCUCACUUAGGGUGCAUGGAUGAAGCUCCUUUGUCUCAAAUGCUGCAAGGCGGCAUGAUCCAGCAUUCUCUCUUCUGGCGUGCAAAGUGUGCUCGAUCUGGAUUUUGUUUAAGCUUCAGCGAAAGUGUGGGGGGAAAGAGGAUGGGAACCGUAGCAUCAGAUCACAGAUUGCCCUGCAAUCUUGGCUGUGGCCUUACAGUGAUCAGAUAUUUCUGGUGUGCUUUUCUGGAUUCAGAAACAGCUGCCUGUCCUCAGAGGGUUGAAGAACCGGUUUCGGAAACUUGAAAUCCAGGGCCUUAUAGUUCUCCUAAUUAUCUAUCUUUUCUCUCUUUGUCCCCCUGAGGGAGGGGGAGGAGACACUUUGCACCACGGUUUGCUUUAAAGAGUUUUCUCAUCUCCUCCUCAUUAUCCCUUGAUAUUGAAAUUAUUUUCUCUUGUUUAAUCCAACUCCCGCCGAGAAGCUGUGUGGGAUUUAGGAUGCGGAGGUUUCCGUUGUGCUCUUUUUGGAUGGCGCUGCAUUUUUACUUUUAACCCGAGGGUAUAUUUCAGUUUAUGUUCUUCUCUGUUUCCUGCAGGUGAACAAUGCAGGUGGAAUAAAAGGAGGAUUCUGGGUUGUAGGAGAGGUUCAGGAUCAUGUCUUGGGAGAGGGGUUCAGACAUCCAGCCCCCUUGAGGGUUAGAGUGGGCUUCCCUCUACCUGUUGAGAGUGGAUACAGGUGGGCGGCUGGCCUCCUGGUCCCCAUUUCACACUGUGUGUGUCCCGCGCUGUCCACGCGUAGAAGAGGACGCCCACGUCACCCUGCAUCCCCACGGAACCUGCGCGCUCUCCCGGGGUGGUUCCCACGUGGCUCCCCACACAGCUGUUCACGAUGUGCUUUAUCGCCGGCGCCCGCGGAGGAGCAUUCAUGUGUUGAGAGUCCAAGUUUUGCUCUUUGGAUUUUGGAAGUGGUUUUUGUGAUGUUUGAAUUUUCUGUUCGCGUUUGCUCAAGCACUACAGAUUGUACGUAUGUAGUCCCUUCAGCCUCCAUCCCCCCGCCCUAGA